GAGAAGUGAAGAGAUAAAGGUGGUCCAGCCUCCAUCAGAGCAGAAGAGAUUCAGGACAGGCAGAAGUGAGAGGCUGGGAAUGUGCUCACCAUCAGGUUUGUGAAGAGAUAGAUAACUGGGCUAAAAAAGAAGAAUCCUGUGCAGGCAUCUUACUGCAAUGGAAUAAAAGGGGGGAAAGGGUUAAUUUAUUGUCUAAUCGGAGGUGAGGAUUAGAAGUUCCAGGAGUCAACCCAGAAAUCUCAUGGGUUCAGUGACGAUGAAAACUGAAGAAAAGCACGCAGGCAAUGGAAGCCUUGUAGGAAAGAGUCAGCUCUACAUAAGGGAGCAGCAUCAGGCAAACCACAAACCAGCAGCAAAUGGGAAAGCAGAAGGCUUUGUAAAGCAGGUGGCAGAUGGGAAUGGUGGCGUGCCCAGAAAGAGCCUCAACUUGUACAGCUGGCAGGAGAUCCAGAGACACAAUCAGGAGGCCGACCAGUGGCUGGUGAUCAACCGCAAGGUCUACGAUGUUACUGGCUGGGCAGACCGCCAUCCAGGUGGGCGCCGGGUCCUCAACCACUACGCUGGGGAAGACGCCACGGAUGUCUUCAGAGCCAUGCACCCUGAGCUUGACAUUGCACGACUGUACCUUAAGCCCCUGCUCAUCGGAGAGCUUGCCCCAGAAGAGCCCACCUAUGAGAGAAACAAAAAUUCCCAGUUGGUGGAAGACUUCCAAGAACUGCGGAGGACAUUAGAGACAAUGAACAUGUUCAAUGCCAACCUGGGGUUCUUUUUCCUCCACCUCGUCCAGAUCUUGAUUUUGGAAGCCCUGGCUUGGUUAAUGCUGUGGUAUUUUGGCAAUGGCUGGCCAAUUACAAUAUGGAUUUCCUUUCUUCUUACAAUUUCUCAGGCCCAGAGUUCAUUUUUGCAGCAUGACACAGGCCAUCUUUCCAUAUUUAAGAAGUCCAAAUGGAACCGCCUGAUGCACAGAUUUGUGAUGUGUCAUCUCAAGGGCCUGUCAGCAAACUGGUGGAAUUACCGACACUUCCAACAUCACGUAAAACCAAAUAUUUACCCAAAAGAUCCAGAUAUUGAUAUGGGCCCACUUUUCCUCCUUGGAGAUUUGCAACCUGUCAAGUAUGGCAAGAAGAAAAUCAAAUACAUUGACUAUGAAAAGCAGCACCUGUACUUCUACAUGGUUGGGCUUCCCCUCCUUAUGCCUAUAUAUUUCAACCUACAAUCUAUGCAAGUGAUGUACCUCCGAAAGUAUUGGGGGGAUAUUGCCUGGGUCAGCAGUUUUUACAUCCGCUAUUUCAUCACAUUUGGCCCUUUCUACGGAAUCUUCGGAACCAUGUUGCUCAUAUAUUUGGUCAAGUUUCUUGAAAGUCCCUGGAUUGCAUGUGUUACACAGAUGAGCCACAUACCAAUGAAAAUGAGCAGAGAAGAGAACAGAGACUGGCUCAGUACUCAGGUCUUGGCCACAUGUAAUGUCGAACAGUCCUUCUUCAAUGACUGGUUCACUGGGCACCUGAACUUCCAAAUCGAGCACCAUCUGUUCCCCACUAUGCCUCGCCAUAAUUAUCACAAGGCAGCACCUCUGGUGAGGUCCCUGUGUGCCAAACACGGAGUGCAGUAUGUGAAUAAGCCCAUGUUGAAGGCGUUUGGAGAUAUCGUCAGGGCUUUGAAGAAAUCCGCAGCCCUCUGGGUAGAUGCAUACUAUGAAACAUGAUGCAGAACACCAGCCUUGGCAUGCAUGCAGUUGUAUCUCUCAAAGGGGCUGGUGAAUGUGCAAGAACUCUUCCCACUUACCUGUCAAUGCCACUGGCAUACACUUGGAAUGUGAACUCUGAGGACACAUGAUAACCCCUUCCCUGAAGGUUUCCUCUGCAAACAAGAAGCAGAGGGAACACGAGAUGGCUCUGGCCAGGCUAACAAAUGGGAGAUGGGAGCCCCAUGUUUUUAUUUUUUCAAAAGGAUCUUGAACUUAGUCCUACCAACAGACCUUAGUCAAAUUGUCUCAGUCACUGAGCAUAAGCGCUUGGCAUAAACCCAUGGAGAAGUUUCACUGAUGACGUGGACAUAGAAAGGAGUGGACCAAGUAGAGACCCUGGAUGGAGCACUUUUUGAAAAACAAAGCAGUUACUCUGAAAAGAAAACCGUGUAUUUAAGAAGUUCCUGUUGAAGCACAAA